AUGCGACACGACGGAGCACAGGCCAUUUUCCGAAAGGCAGACGUGGAGCAGACAGGAGUCCUAAGUCGGGAAGCCUUCGUGCAGCUCCUCCGUCGCCUGGACAAGAAGAGGUGGACCAAUGCUGCAGUUGAAGGCCUGAUGAAGGUCAUAGACCGCAACACUGACGGCAAUGUGCAGUAUGAAGAGUUCCUGGAUUGGUGCAUGGGUGGUGGAGAUGGCUCGAACGAGGUCGUAACUCUCGGCCGACUCACCAGCUGCAAGAAGGUCACGCCCUUGGUGCGCAAGGAUGCCCUGGCCUUUCUGUCGCAACCAGGUCGGAGCGCUCUUUUUCCGGAAUUCUCCGAAGUGCUGCGGGGAGACCGAGAACUCUGCCAGGUGGCCAUGGGCGAACUUGGCGUUCCACUCAAAUACGCGACGGAUGCCAUCAAGGACGACAAAGAGGUGGUCGAGUUCCUCCUAAAAAGCAACUGUCGCAACUUCA